UUAAAUUAAAUGAUUUAAUGUUAUUGGCCCAAAGUGUGAUCCAAUCCAAUUAGAAAAUCACACGCUCAGGAUCGGGGAUAACCUAAAACCCUACUACCGGUGUAGCAAUUCAUCCGAUCUACCGCUCAUCUCUUCCCCUUAGGUCGGACGCAGUCUACACCACGCCGUUCGUCUAAUAUCCAGACCGAGCUUAAUAUAUCCAGAGUUUGAGAUUGAGUGAAAUCUGUAGCUAGCAAAGGGUCUUCAAAAUGUCUAAAAAAGGUUUGAUGGAGCAGGACUUAAGUAAACUGGAUGUAACAGUGUUACAUCCACUCUCGCCUGAGGUCAUCUCCCGUCAGGCUACAAUAAACAUUGGUACUAUAGGCCAUGUGGCACAUGGGAAGUCAACAGUUGUGAAAGCCAUAUCCGGUGUUCAGACUGUUCGUUUUAAAAAUGAGCUCGAGCGUAAUAUCACUAUUAAGCUUGGAUAUGCAAAUGCUAAGAUAUAUAAAUGUGAAGAUGAUCGUUGUCCUAGACCUAUGUGCUACAAGGCUUAUGGAAGUGGAAAAGAAGAUAAUCCCAUGUGUGAUGUGCCUGGUUUUGAGAACAGCAGAAUGAAAUUACUCAGACAUGUAUCAUUUGUUGAUUGUCCGGGUCACGAUAUUCUCAUGGCCACCAUGCUAAAUGGAGCAGCAAUUAUGGAUGGAGCUUUGCUUCUAAUUGCUGCCAAUGAAAGUUGUCCACAACCUCAGACAUCAGAACACUUGGCUGCUGUUGAAAUUAUGCGCCUGCAACAUAUAAUCAUUCUUCAAAACAAGGUUGAUUUGGUUCAGGAAAACAUUGCCAUUAAUCAGCAUGAAGCCAUUCAGAAAUUUAUCCAGGGUACGGUUGCUGGUUCUGCACCUGUGGUUCCCAUAUCCGCUCAACUGAAGUACAACAUUGAUGUCGUGUGUGAAUAUAUUGUAAAAAAAAUCCCCAUUCCAGUUAGGGACUUCACUUCAGCACCAAAUAUGAUUGUUAUUCGUUCAUUUGAUGUAAACAAGCCUGGUUUUGAAGUGGAUGAGAUUAGAGGCGGUGUUGCUGGAGGCAGCAUCUUGAAGGGUGUGUUGAGGGUCCACCAAAAAAUUGAGGUUCGUCCUGGUAUUGUUGUAAAGGAUGAGAAAGGCAACAUCAAGUGCACCCCAAUAUACUCCAGGAUAGUUUCUUUGUACGCUGAACAGAAUGAACUUCAAUUUGCCGUUCCUGGAGGACUGAUUGGAGUUGGAACAACCAUGGAUCCAACCCUGACUCGUGCUGACCGGUUGGUUGGACAGGUUCUUGGAGAGGUUGGAUCACUCCCUGACGUGUAUUCCGAACUGGAGGUAAAUUUCUUUUUGCUCCGACGCCUUUUGGGUGUCAGAACAAAGGACACUGAAAGGCAGGGCAAGGUUGCGAAGUUGACCAAAGGAGAAAUCCUUAUGCUAAACAUAGGAUCUAUGUCAACUGGAGCCCACGUCAUUGCUGUUAAGAAUGUCUUUGCAAAACUGCAAUUGACUUCCCCAGUGUGCACUAGCAAAGGUGAGAAAAUUGCUUUGAGCAGGAGAAUUGAGAAGCACUGGCGUCUUAUUGGAUGGGGCCAAAUACAGGCUGGAAAAACCCUUGAAGUUCCUCCUGCCCCAUUUUAGUGAUUUGAUAAUAAUUAUUAGUAAACGCAAGGAGGAUAAAUGUGGGAGGGUAGAGAACUGCUGGGAACUAUUUUUGUCCGCUGGAGAAGAAGACAUGAUUUUAAAGUUUUUUAUAUUAACCAUUCGGCAAAUUUAUUUAAUCUGCAAAUUUAUUUAUUUUUCUCAAUACAAGUUUCAUAUGACAUCAUUGAGAUGGUUUGUUGCAGUUUGCUUGUGCUUAAUCAUUGACAGGCGAUCUUGAAUAUAUGGUGUCUUUUCCAUGACUA